CCGCUACUCACCGGAGUUCCUGUGUAAUCUUCCCGCUUCCGGCUGCUAGAGUGAUGGCGGAUGAAAGUGGAGCGGCGCAGCGGGAUCCCCCGGAACUAGAUGAGGAUGAGGAGGCUGCGGGCACUGACAGCGACACCGAGGGGGAGGAUAUCUUCACCGGCGCUAGUAAACAAGUAAUCACUCCAGAGCCUAAGAAAGAGACUCCACAAGAAACCUCAAGAGAAAAUGGCCUCUUCCUGGAUGAUGAUGACCAGGAUAUUUUUGCAGAAUCUACCGUCAAGCUGUCAGUGGACAAUUCUCAAAGUACUCAGAAGGAGGAGCCUCAACUCACAACCCCUAUGCUCAUUGCAGCGGCCUCUGCACCCCCAAAGCAGAAGUCAUUUGAAGAGUUAGAAGAAGAGGAGGAGGAAGAAGAAGAAGAAGAAGAAGAGGAGGAGGACCAGUUUGAGCUUAACAUCAAUAUCACAGACCCUGAGAAGAUUGGUGAUGGCAUGAAUGCAUAUGUAGCUUAUCAAGUUUCAACCCGGACCAAUUUACCAAUGUUUCGGAGCAAAAAUUUCACUGUGAAGAGAAGGUUCAGUGACUUCUUGGGCCUGUAUGAGAAGCUGUCAGAGAAGCAUUGCCAGAGUGGGUUCAUUGUCGCUCCACCUCCUGAGAAAAACCUCAUAGGUAUGACAAAAGUGAAAGUUGGGAAAGAGGAUUCCUCUUCAGUUGAUUUUUUGGAGCGAAGACGAGCUGCUCUGGAGAGGUACCUGCAGAGAAUUGUCAGCCACCCAACACUAUUACAAGACCCGGAUGUUCGUGAAUUUUUAGAAAAGGAUGAGCUUCCUCGUGCUGUCAGCACUCAGGCUCUGAGUGGAGCUGGACUCCUCAAGAUGUUCAAUAGAGCUACUGAUGCUGUCAACAAAAUGACCAUCAAGAUGAAUGAAUCUGACGUUUGGUUUGAGGACAAAUUGCAAGAGGUGGAAUGUGAGGAGCAGCAUCUGCGGAAACUACAUGCGGUGGUGGAGACUCUGGUAAAUCACAGAAAAGAGCUGGCGGUGAAUACUGCUCAGUUUGCCAAAAGCUUGGCCAUGUUGGGGAGCUCAGAGGAUAACACGGCUCUUUCCAGAGCUCUAUCCCAGUUAGCAGAGGUGGAAGAAAAGAUCGAGCAGCUACAUCAGGAACAAGCCAAUAGUGACUUCUACCUGCUAGCUGAGCUUCUAGCAGAUUACAUCCGCUUACUGUCAGCAGUGCGGGGUGCUUUUGACCAGCGAAUGAAGGCUUGGCAGCGCUGGCAGGAUGCCCAGUCAACAUUACAAAAAAAAAGGGAGAAUGAGGCCAGACUGUUGUGGGCCAACAAACCAGAUAAAUUACAGCAAGCCAAGGAUGAAAUCUCUGAGUGGGAGUCCAGAGUCACCCAGUAUGAGAGGGAUUUUGAAAGAAUUUCUAUUACUGUUCGGAAAGAGGUCACAAGGUUUGAGAAAGAAAAAUCGAAGGACUUUAAAAGCCAUAUUGUGAAAUACCUAGAAACACUCUUGAAUUCACAGCACAAACUGGCUAAGUAUUGGGAAGCAUUUUUACCAGAAGCAAAAGUUAUAUCCUAACUGCCAAGGGACACAGUUACAGGCCGGACUAUGCUACUUCUCUCCUGCCAUGUGUUUUUUUUUUUUUUUUUUUUUAAUAUAUAAAUAUUAUACCUCUUGCCUUUUAGAGACUAUAGAGUCACACUCUUCUGCUUCUACAUCUGCCUGAUGUUGUCAGACUCUUUUUACUCCUUCAGUUUUGAAUGAGGUCUGUUGCGCAUUGCUGUGCAGCGCAUUUUUGGAUCUUUGUCUCAGAGCUGAAUAAUCGGGAUUACCGACUGUUUCCUGUUUCUGGACCCCCUUCCACAUUUCACCUUUCACUGCCAGAUCAGCCUACAAACAUUUUACUACAAUGGCAGACUGGUUUGACAGGCAAGAGUUAACUUUAAAAAAGGACGGUUCUGUCCCAGCACUUAGACACAUUUUUUUCUGUUAACAUUUCUUGUGUAUAUUUUUCAUUUAACUUCCACAUAUAUUUUCUUAUUAACUCUAUAAAGUGAUAAUUAGGGCUUUUAGGGCUUUCUGCGAGAAAACUACAACAACAAAUGAAAUGAAUGAGAGUUUCUUGGGGUGGGUUUAUUAAUAUAAAUAUAUAAUGUAUAUUUUUUGGCUGUGACACAGACACAGGGAAUGGAGCCUUUCUAUUCUGCAAGAAGUACACAGUUCUUCAAUAAAACUUUGAAAAGCCC